GGUGACAUGCAACUUUGCAUCUCUCAUACCAUCACCGCAAUGUUGGCCAAUAGAAAGCUAAAGUCCCCCAAAAAGUGCCUAGUCCCUCCUUCCAAUCCCUUAUGGUCCGCUCCUACCUGCCUGCAGUGCACAAGGCGAGGCUGCUGGCGGGGAUGCUAUGUGCCCCCUCGGCGAGCUCCACCGCCGCUCCACCUCGGCCGCUCCUCGCCUCCUCUUCCAUGACCCCGGGCUCCGGCCGCUGCCCCUCUCUCCUCUGCCAUGUUUCCUAGCCCUGUGACGACGACCCCUUUCUCGGUCAAGGAUAUUUUGAACCUGGAGCAGCACCAGAGCGGCCUGGCCCCCAUGGAGCUGCCGUCGCCCUCCUGCAUGCUGGCCGCCUUCAAGCAGGAGGCGUUCGGCCCCGAGCCUCCCGCACUGCCCGACCUGCGGGAGGAGCUGCCCGAGCCUCCCCCGGCCAAAGCGGCCUUCCCCAGCCCUUACUACGUGAAGAGCUACGCGGAGAUGGACUCGGCCAAGGACCCCAAGGCGGAUAAGAAAGAGCUGUGCUCCCUGCACAAGAGCCUGGAGCAGGAGAAGAGAGACCUGGACGAUCCCGAGCGCCCCAGACAGCGGAAGAGGAGGAAACCUCGCGUCCUCUUUUCCCAGGCCCAAGUCUACGAACUGGAGAGAAGGUUCAAGCAGCAGAAGUAUCUCUCGGCUCCCGAAAGAGACCAUCUAGCCAACGUCCUAAAGCUCACCUCCACCCAGGUGAAAAUUUGGUUCCAGAAUAGAAGGUAUAAAUGCAAAAGGCAGAGACAGGAUCAGACCCUCGAGAUGGUGGGGAUCCCGCCGCCCCGGCGGAUAGCCGUGCCGGUGCUGGUGCGGGACGGGAAGCCCUGCCUGGGGGAGUCUUCACCCUACAGCUCGCCCUACAACGUCAGCAUUAACCCCUAUAGCUACAACGCCUACCCCGCGUACCCCAACUACAACAGCCCGGCCUGCAACGCCAACUACAACUGCAACUACCCCUCCGUGCAGCCCAUGCAGCCCUCGGCGGCCAGCAACAACUUCAUGAACUUCAGCGUGGGGGACUUGAAUUCGGUGCAGACACCCAUCCCGCAGGGGAACGCGGGCAUCUCCACGUUGCACGGGAUCCGAGCCUGGUAGGGCGGCCCCACAGGGGAACCCCACAACCUGGGGGGGGCCUCGGCCGUGCCUGGGAGCCGCUCUCGGGACACUUGGGGGCUGCGGGGGGACGAGGACGGGUUGCUGGAGCAUCCCGCUGGAGCUCAGGAGCCUGGCACCCAUCUCUGUGGGGAGGCCUCCGGUGUUUGGAGCUGGCACUGGGGGGGCUGCUCCCACCCCCGGCCGUGCCGGACCCCUCUGGCUCCCCGCUUCCAGCGGGGUCUUUGCCCCAUAGUUCUCCCCCUUCCUUCCUACAAAGCAGCCACUCAUUUUGCUUGCCUCCUUCCCACUAACCGAACAACAGCGAGCCAAGCCCUACAACCCGUAAUUAUUAUUAUUAUUUUUUACUCUUUUACUAAUUAUUAUUGAGAUCCACCUUUAAGUUUUGCACUUCCCAUACGGUCACUGCUGUCCAGCCAGCUCAACGCCCCCCGGGCUGCCGCUCUCCAGGCUGCUGCUGGGGCGCAUGGCCGAGGACAGCCCCCCUGGGGAACAAGGCCCCCCCAAACCCCCCGGUUCCUGUAGGGUUAUGCACUAAAACCUCUGUUAGUCCCAAAAUGCACUGUCCGCUCCUCGUCCCGCCACCUUUCCCUUUGCUGUAGCAGCUGACGGAGCUCAGCGAGUUGUCAUUAAACAGAGUGGCUUUUCUUGCGCGUCCCCCGCCUUCAUUGCACGGCCGAGGUCCCCUGGGGGCUCCCCCCCUUCCUGUAGCCCUCCCCAAAUUUCGGAGAUUGUUGCGUUGGUGAGUGCAAACUGUGCUUGCAUUUUUAAUGUCUUGUAAAAAUUAAUUUUCAACCUACUUUGGAAGCCCCAGCCUGGGCAGGACCGCUGUGCACGAGCCCCUUCCCCUCCUAUCACCCCCCAGGCAGGGGUUGGGGCCAGCCCUGUCCCCACCACCCCAUUUCCCAGCUGGGUCCCAGCGCUGGGAGGCUCUGGGGGGGCUGAUUUCUUCCUCGCACAGAAAGGUAGUGCAAGGGGGGGUAAAACAGCCCAAACCCUAAACCACAGGGCUCGGGGGCUGCCGGAGGGGAAGGGCCCCCCACCUCUCUCCUGGCUCAGCCCCAGCCCCUCGCAGCCUUUACAGUAGUCGCUAUCAAAUGUCAAUUAUUGGGAGUGAGAAACAACAAACAGUGUAAUUCGGCGCAGUCAAAACAUCCUCUGAGUGUCUGAGAUUGUCCGGCCCGGUGAUAAGGCGAUUAGGGAGAACCUGCAUCCCCUCCUGUCCCGGCCCUAUCGGCCCCAUCAGUAAACAGGGAUGGAGACAGGGUGGCUGUGGCCCUGGGACAUGGGAUGAAAGGCUGCUGGGGAAUGGAAGCCUUCUGCAGCCUCUGUCCCUCCUUCCCCAAGGGACCAACCCCGCACCCCCCGAGGUGGGAUGGCACAGAUGAGGAGCUCCCACCUCCUCCUGGUGUCUGCAAGGGGCAGAGAAGUCCCGAGUGCUGCUCACAGAGCCCCUAAUGCCAUAUGGGGCACAGCCACCUGUAUGGGGCUGUGCAGAGGGGGGCCUUCUGUCCCCUCCGAGGCCAGCCUGCCUCAGGGACACUUACCCAGCAGAGGCAGGGGGACACUGGGCUUGUUACAGCCAAGGGGGCCAGAGCCCACCAGGCUGCAGGGUCCAAAGCACGGACACACUCUGCCCACCUCUGACCGUGCAGGAGCUGGGGCCAGCCCCAGAAGAAAAGGGUACUUCUGCAUGAAACCUUUUGUGUCCUGGGAUUGAUGGCUGUAUGUUAACUUUUGCCUUCUUCGCACACAUUCUGUGGGUCGGAGGGACUCUCAGACUUCAGCAGGUGGCUGAGAGACAGCAGGGUAGCCAGAAAAAAGCCUGCUAAUAGCCGAGGUGUCUGCCUUCCCGAGAGCCACAGGGAGAGAGCAGGAGGGAGCCAGGUUUAAAUUCUGCCGCUGUGCUAUGCUGUGGGGCACUGGCAGUUCUGUGCCUCAGUUUGCCUUAUCUACAAGGCACGCACAGCGUUACUGCCUGGCCCAAGGCUGCUGGCAUCGUCUGCGGUCAGAGCCUGCUGCUGCAGAGCUUGGCCAGGAUCAGAGCUGACAGGGAGCCCCCAGGCGAUGAGGACAAGUCCCGAGUUAACACGAGGGAAAGCAUCGAGAUCAGCUAAAAUGUGACUCACUUCUUUCAGAGCCCUGGCCCUUUAUUAAGUGGUCUAUAGCACCCCUCUUGCUUCCACACACCCCAGACAUCCCUUCCCUUCCUCACACAUGGUCACUUCUUCAAAUUUAUUUCCCCCACUCCUAUCUCAGCAGCACAGCUAUCAGGGAACCCACUGCUGUUACUCCGUAAGGCAGUUCUGGACACCACUUUCGGGUCCAAUUUCCAGGACUGCCCUGUGCUCGUUCUGACAUGGGAUGGACGCACAGCCCCUCACACGCUCCUCUCCUCCCCAUGCUUCCCCAUCCCUGCGGGGAUUGCAUCAUGAGCAGAUGCACGGCCAGAUAAGAUGGCCCUGGAACAGCAGCCGGAGCUUCGGAGCCAGUUCCCAACGCGAGGCAGGCAGAGGACAGAGCAGCAGCUGGCUGAAGCCGAGCACGGCACUGCAGCCCUGCUCUGGCAACAAGAGCAAGGUAUGGUUAAAAACCUCUCCUUAGACGGAUCUGGGGGAAGCUGGACAGAAUUAAUGCCAUUAGGAAUUAACCCCCAGCACGCUGAUUUCAGCCACAGGGUGCUCACCAUCUUCAUGUGCUCAAGCACCCCACUGCUGCUAGUGCUGCUCUGCCAGGUCCUGCUCACCUCCUGCAAGAGCAGCCUCCGGAGCCGGUGUGGCCCACAGGGUUGAGCGUUGGAAAAAGGUUUCCCAGGAACUUUGAAGGCACCGAGGCUGUCGGCACACACCACAGCAUGCCCUCACACAAGUCCUGUCCUCUCAACUGCUUACAAAAACUGAACGCGUCAAACCUGACUUGUCCCCGUCUGAGCCUGAAGGGCUCCAGCACUAUAGGGCAACAUCAAAAAAAAUACGUGCUUAGAAAGCAUCGUUCCAGAGAAAAGCACAGGGUAUGAGCGUUUCCCUAGGGAGCCUGAAAUCAGAGCUCCUCUCAGUGUUUUGGGGCAUUUUAAGGGGUGAAGGACACAGGUUUCUAAUGAGCUUUGUACCUGGAUCUGAUCUCAGUGCCCUUUCCUCAGCUUUUUUUGAAUUGCAUGGUCUGGCACUGGCAUUUCCCCCUCCCCCUGUUCUAGGCCAGCUUUAUUUAGAAUGAUUCAGUUCCCCCAAUUCCAUCCAAAGGUAACAGGAGUGCAGCUCAGCACCACUUCUCUUCAGACACACUGCGUACGGUGGGUUUACACAAACUAUCUGGAAUUCAUACAACUUGUAAAGGAACCAAAAUAACAAAUAAACAUGUCAGCUGCAAGGGACUGAUACCAAAUCCCUCGUCUCUGGCAGUUUUCUAGAAAUUGAGGUAAUUGUUUUUCCUAAAUAAUACCCCUACAAUUCCUAGAGUGCAUCUGUGGCCAGAUAUUCCUUAAAUUCUGGGAGCUUUCACACCGAGUUACUCCGUGGAGUCACAAAACAAGGUUUGGUCCUGGCAGGAAUUAGCCGAAGUGUGCUGGAGGAGCCCGGCAGGAAAACAACAGAUCAACAGCCCUCUCUCCCCUGCCCCUAAUUCAUCUCACUGACAACAGUUUAGAUCAAUAUCAGCAGUAAGUGAUUUCUUGUUAACGGGGAUUAUUAAGAAGAAUCAACACCUUUAAAACGCGAUUCCUCAUUGUCUCCAGAGUGAGAAAGGGAGACAGGGAGCUUUCAGACUGGAGGCUGCUCUUUCAUUCCUGGGUGCUUGAUUUACUACAAUAUGAGCUUCGUGCUACGUUUUUAUGCAGAGAGAGAGAGGGAAACGGAGACUUCUCCCAACAGGAGGCCAAGCACUGGCAAUACAUUUGUGGAAGUUGAUUAAUUGAGGUUUAGCAAAGCGACACGGAAUAAAUUACUUGCAAAUCA